CGUGUUCUGAUUGGCUGCCGGUAAAGACAGGUGACCUAGUUGGCGCGGCUGAGGGAAAUUCACAAGUCGCUCCAGGCCCCGGGCCUGGUUCCUGGUCCUCGGACAGACUACCGGCCACCGGAAUCGUCGGCCUGGCGAGGGAGGGCGGACGGAGCCGGCGGCCCGUGACCCACUGCGCCUGGCAAGGAGCGGACGCCUACAGGCACCCUGAGUACAUUCUGCAUCACUGGACGGUGGGGAUUAGCUGGUGGAUUUCAGGCAUGUUGUGGAAGUUGCUGAGAUCCCAGCCUUGCAGGCUGUGUUCUUUCAGAAAGAUGCUAUCAGCUCCCAAAUACAGACCUUUUUUAGCUCGCUUCACCUAUACAACCAACAGUCAGCCUAACAAAGAAAAUCAAAGAACAGUGGAAAAGCUCCAUAAAUUUUCAGUUGACAUCAGGAAAAUACGCAGAUUAAAAGGAUGGGUCCUUUUGGAAGGUGAAACCUAUGUUGAAGAAAUUGCAAAUAUUUUACAGCAACUAGGUGCCAAUGAGACUGUGGUAGCCAGUAUUUUGGAACGCUGCCCAGAAGCCAUUGUCUGCAGUCCAAACGCUGUUAACUCACAGAGAGAACUCUGGCAGUCCCUCUGCAAAAAUGAGGAAGAGUUAGUCAAGUUAAUAGAACAGUUUCCAGAAUCUUUCUUUACGGUUAAAGACCAGGAGAACCGGAAACUAAAUGUUCAGUUCUUUCAAGAGUUGGGACUCAAAAAUGUGGUCAUUAGCAGGUUUUUGACAACUGCACCUAGUAUUUUUCAUAAUCCUGUUGAGAAGAAUAAGCAAGUGAUAAGGAUUCUCCAGGAGAGUUAUCUAAAUUUAGGUAGCUCCGAGACCAACAUGAAAGUUUGGCUACUGAAGUUAUUAAGCCAAAACCCAUUUAUUUUGUUAAAUUCUUCUGCAGCUAUAAAGGAAACACUGGAAUUUCUCCAGGAGCAAGGUUUCACAGACUCUGAAAUUCUCCAGCUUCUGUCCAAACUGAAAGGGUUUCUUUUUCAACUUGGCCUAAGAAGUAUACAGAACAGUAUUUCCUUCUCUAAAAAUGCUUUUAAAUGCACAGACCAUGACCUGAAGCAGUUAGUUUUGAAAUGUCGCCUUUUAUAUUAUUCUGUUCCCAUUUUGGAAGAGAGAAUUCAGGGAUUAUUGAAAGAAGGAAUUUCCAUAGCUCAGAUAAGAGAAACGCCCAUGGUUCUGGAAUUAACACCACAGAUAGUGCAGUAUAGGAUAAGGAAACUGAAUUCCUUAGGCUACAGAGUAAAGGAUGGACAUCUAGCAAGUCUAAAUGGAACGAAAAAAGAGUUUGAGGCUAACUUUGGUAAAAUCCAGGCCAAAAAAGGAAGGCCAUUAUUUAACCCUGUUGCACCAUUACAUGUUGAUGAGUAACUCACUGGCUGAUACUGCUUCCUUCUGGCAAUGCAGUGACACUGAGUAGCAAAGACACAGGAUUCAGGCUGUUUGCAGGCACCAGGAAUUUUACCUCUAAGUAAAUAAUCCCCAACUCAUAUGCUAUAUUAUAAAAUAUAAAUUACAUUUAUUUUAAAUAAAAGUUGCUAAUUUUGAUCUUAAGCUAUUUUUUUAAAAAUCUUGUACCAUUCAAUGGCACAUUAGUGUGAUAUAAGUGAAUCAUUUCUAAGAAACUGACAAGUGUCAUUUUUUAAAAAUUUUUUAUUGCCAAAACCAGUUUGGCUCAGUGGAUAGAGCGUCGGCUUGCGGACUGAAGGUCCCAGGUUCGAUUCCGGUCAAGGGCAUGUACCUGGGUUGCGGACACAUCCCCAGUAGGAGAUGUGCAGGAGGCAGCUGAUCGAUGUUUCUCUAUCAUCGAUGUUUCUAGCUCUCUGUCUCUCUCCCUUCCUCUCUGUAAAAAAUCAAUAAAAUAUAUUAAAAAAAAUAAAAAUAAAAAAAAUAAAAAAAAUAAAUUUGUUUUUAUUGAUUUCAGAGAAAGGGAGAGAAAGAGAUAGAAACAUCAGUGAUGAGAAUCCUUGAUCAGCUGCCUCCUGCACACCCCCUACUGGGGAUCGAGCCUACAACCUGAGCAUGUGCCCUGUUUGAGAGUCAAACCAUGAUCGGCCGGGGAAACAAGUGUCAUUUUUUUAUUUCUCUAGCACACUGGUUCUCAACCUGUGGGUCGCGACCCCUUUGGGGGUCCAACGACCCUUUCACAGAGGUUGCCUAAGACCAUCGCAAAACACAUAUAUAAUUACAUAUUAUUUUUGUGAUUAAUCACUAUGCUUUAAUUAUGUUCAAUUUGUAACAAUGAAAUUGGGGGUCACCACAACAUGAGGAACUGUAUUAAAGGGUCGCAGCAUUAGGAAGGUUGAGAACCACUGAUCUAGCACAUUUCAUCUGGGAUGUAGACCCAGCCUUCAUUCUCACCACCAGCUCUGAAACAUCACUACUGUGGUCUUGAGUUUUGUAGCUUAGUGUUAAAGUGAAACAUCAGCAGAUUUCUAAUACAUUUUUUUAGAGAAAGCUGAUUUUAUCUCCUGGUUGGAAUGAGUAUCUUUCAGAACCAAGUAUUACUCAUCCAGAAAGCACAAUUAGAGCUUAUUUGUAUGGUCACGUUGUUUAAAAUUGACCAUUUCUCUCUCUCAUGAAGUGCUUUUAAGUGCAUUCAUUACUUUCCCCAUUUUACAGAUGAGGAAACUGAACUUUAGAGAGGCCACUCAGCUGCCAAGUGACAGCCCAGAUUUACUAUGAUCCGACUUCUUUUCAAACCUUGUGAAUAGAAAAAGGAUUGCUUAUGAGUUGGCAUGAAAGAAGUCACCCCUCCUUGACCUGCCAAAAGAGUGAGUACCAACAAAUUUAGGGAUUUUUAUGAAAACUCUGUAAAAUGCCUUCAAUUUGAAAUGAUCUAAUUCAUAUACAUUUGAAGUACAUGGAGCAUUUUUAAGAACUUUCUGAAAAUCCUGGUCUGCCUAUAAAAGGGAAGGUGUGUGAUGGUUGGUACUUAGUAGCAGUUCACCUUUCUUUCUAAAUCUUGCCAAGAUAAACAUUACCCAAAGACUGGCCCACUUUCAGCUGUGGAGUUUGAACUUUGUAACAACCAAACAAUUAUUGACUCUGAUAGUCAAACCUCUAUGUGUGAAUGGUCUUUUCUUAAGGAAAAUAUGAAAAAUGCAGGCCAUGUCUUCAGCAAAUGCAAGUAGCCCUCACUAUCCGAUUCUGUUAAGUUCCUUAGGAGAGGAAAGACAUCUACGCAGCACCAAGUACCAGGCACACUGUGCUUUGCAACACUAGGAGUUCGCUACCAUUGUUUACUGGUCUACAGAUGAGAAGACUCAGGCACACAGAGGGUUACUCACCCAAAGUCACAUGGGAAUGUUCAAGAAAAAGAAUGGCAGUACAGUGGGGGCAGGUUGCAGGGCAAGGAGAGUACUCUGGUGCAGGAUGAGUAUUACGUCCAUCUAAAGAGCAGAAUCUCAUUCUGAGUGUGAUGGGAAACCCUUGGAGAAACUAGAUGCUUGUUGUCCCACCAUAAUUAUCAGUGGUGCUUUGUCUGUUGUCUCAGUUUGAAAUGCAUUGUAUAUUAUGUGGUCACCUUUUAGAUGUUAAUUUUUGAGAUGUCUACUAGAUAUCAGAGCAGAGAUGUCAAAGAGGCAAAUGCUAAAGUCCAGAAUUGUGAGAAGGUAGGACUGGAGAUAGAGAUCCAGGGGUCAUUUGCAUAUCUAUGAAAUGUAAAGCUAUGGCUCUCCAUGAGCUUAUCCAGAAACAAAGUGCAGAUUUGUAGCACUAGCUGGCCAUUCCUGGAAAGGGCUGACCACUGGAAGUCUGCCAAGAAAAGAGGGCAUGGUCAAUAAGAUUGAAUGCCAUGGACAUGCCAACUAAGAUACAGACAAGUGACUAAUAGAAUUGGCAAAUAGGAAAUCAUUAGUUGGCCCUAUCAGGAGUGAUUCUGGUGGACUGAGAAAGAUAAGAAAGCAACUGGAAUAGGUUGAAAGGCUAGAUGAAGAGGAAGAAACUGCAGUUGUUUUCAAGAAGUUUUUCUUUAAAGAAAGCAAAUACUAAGAUUUGUUUACUAGUACAUGCUGAUGGGUAUGACCCAAGAGAGCUGGAGAUGGAAAACUGUAGGUUUCAUAUCCUUGAGGAAGUGAAGGUGGGCAGACUUUGGAUGAGCACACAGAUACUAGUCCUGGUCUGAGUGUGGCAUCAGGUGUAGACAAGUUGAUGGAGUGGGUGGUAUGAGAAGCAGGAGAGUUGCUGUCAGAGAAGGACAGUAGAAUGGGAGAUGGGAGUAUGUAUAGCAAGAGAGUCGGAAGGAGGAGGUAAAGUCAUCUGGAGGAGUAGUAAAGUGAACAUACAAGAGGGUAUAUAAGAAAGUUUGUCAGAAUUGAGUGACCCUGUGUGCUUUGUCGGCCAUUAAUUUAGUCUAGUCAUUACAGCAGCAAACUUUAGGGGCACAGGCCCAUGUAGAGAACUUGUGACACAUACAGUUUUUAAAAUACAUUUGUAACUUACUCUAACCUGAAAAGAUUAAGUUAAAAUCCACAUUUGUGGUUAAAAAAAAAAAAAAUCCAGUAUAUUGCCCUAGCCAGUUUGGCUCAGUG